CAACAGAUUCUGCUGCACUGGCACAAGUAUCCAAUGCAGUAUUGCUCUUAUCAGCCACUGAGAGAUGAUAAAGGAAGUAAAUGUACGAAGUGAACAACAACAGCAGCUUUACAUCUGUCAGAUAAUGAGAACACAACUGGUGAAUGUUGCACAGCACCAAAUGGCGGCGAUGGCCUGUUCUGCCGGGCGGUGAAGAUGUCAACUGCCGAUCACGUUCAGGAAAUGAAAGAUUGCUGCUUCUGCUGCUCUGCACUAGAAAAUCCCUAAUUUCACACCUUACUUUUCAAGGACAAGCCAUUUCACGUGUGUCUCGCUUCGUUUGAUAGCUUCCCCCCUCUGGGAUGACUCUCGCUCGGUAGAGUCGCAUUAUGGCCCUGUGCCUGUCCAGUUAUUCUGCGUUGCUUCGCCGGAAGGUGUUGGUCUCCCCUCAUGUGGAGAGGGCUGGAUUGAUGGAAGUGUCGUUGAGGGCCACUGGUCGUCGUCCGGCCGGUGCUCGUCACUUUUCCAAGACCUGGAAACAGUCCCAGGAACAGAAUCACAAAGAAAACCCAAACCCAUCUCGUCGCAGCACUUUCGGCUCCCGUCUCCGUUUUGCGCUCCGCAACACCAAAGUCGAAUGGUACCCCAUCCCCGUCGGUCUGGGCAUCGGCUUGCUCGGACUGCUGCAGUUCUACAAGGCCCAGCGGGCUGAAAAGGAACGAGCUGAACGAGAGGCAGCUGGAGAGCCAUACGACUUCCAAAAUGGCCCCCGUCGUCCCAAACACCGUCUUAGCGGACCAUGGCAGGUCCAGAUCAUGUCUACCCUGCCGCUCAAGGCCAUGUCUCGCCUCUGGGGUCGCUUCAACGAAAUCGAACUACCCUACUAUUUCCGCGUUCCUGGCUUCAAAUUAUACUCUUGGAUUUUCGGCGUCAACCUCGACGAGGUCGCCGAACCUGACCUUCACACCUACCCGAACUUGGCCGCAUUCUUCUACCGUCAGCUGAAGCCUGGUGUUCGACCUUUGGACCCAGAUACCCGUGCUAUCAUCUCGCCUUCUGAUGGUAGGAUCCUGCAAUUCGGCCUUAUCGAGCGGGGUGAGGUAGAGCAGGUCAAGGGCGUCACCUAUAGCUUAGACGCCCUCCUGGGAUCUGCCACCCCUGCGCAUGCGGACCACAACAGGAACUUUGCCGAUCAUCAGACCGAGCCAAGCCAGAAGAACGAAGCCAAAAUGCUGGCGGACGAGGAGUUUGCCGAAAUGAACGGCAUCUCCUAUACUCUGCCGACUCUCCUCGCUGGCGAAGCCGGUGGCGCACACAAGCGCUCGGCUUCCAUGGAUGCGUCUACUACUUCCAAGGCCGGUGCUGAAGAAGAGGUGAAGGCUGAUCUGGCCCGCGGCGAUGGAACUCCCUGGUACGCCCCGAAGGCAGCCGCCGACCACGCCCUGUACUAUGUUGUGAUCUACUUGGCCCCUGGCGACUACCACCGCUUCCACUCUCCUGUGCCGUGGGUGGUGGAGAGCCGCCGUCAUUUCGCUGGUGAACUGUUCUCGGUGUCGCCAUACUUGCAGCGCCAUCUUCCGGGCUUGUUCACCUUGAACGAGCGGGUCGCUCUUCUGGGUCGUUGGCGUUGGGGCUUCUUCAGCUACACGCCUGUGGGAGCGACCAACGUUGGCUCUAUCAAGGUCAACUUUGAUGCGGAGCUGCGGACCAAUAGCCUGACCACAGACACCGCUGCCGACAAAGCGGCCGCCGAAGCCGCAGCGCGCGGCGAGCAAUACCCGGGCUUUGUCGAGGCGACAUACCGUCACGCCAGUCGCACCCUGGGAGGUCAUCCCCUUCAAAGAGGUGAGGAGAUGGGAGGUUUCCAGCUGGGAAGUUCGAUCGUGCUGGUCUUUGAGGCGCCGAUGGGCACGCGCAAGUCGUUCGAUGCCGGCUGGGAAGAGGGCAAACGCGAAGGAGGAUGGAACUGGACCAUCGAAAAGGGGCAGCGAAUCAAGAUGGGUGAGAAGCUUGGCUAUGUGGACAUCUAACACUAGACUACGUCGUUUGUAAUAAGUUGUUUUGUAUCAUACUACUUUGUUGAAUAGCGAGAAUUCUUCUAAGGGCCACGGCCUUGGCGUGUUAUAGUAUA